CUUGGGACCCGGCCCGGAGAGGUGGCGCCUGGACUGUUUGUUAUUAGACUCGAUUUCUUCUCUCAUCCCUCCGGAGUGUGGAGUGCGGCCGGUCCGCGUAGGGCGGAAACGUCUUCCCCACCAUGGGGGGCGGAGACCUGAACCUCAAGAAGAGCUGGCAUCCACAGACCCUCCGAAAUGUGGAGAAAGUGUGGAAAGCGGAGCAGAAGCAUGAGGCCGAGCGGAAGAAGAUUGAGGAGCUUCAGCGGGAGCUGCGGGAGGAGCGGGCCCGGGAGGAGAUGCAGCGCUAUGCUGAGGAUGUCGGAGCAGUCAAAAAAAAAGAAGAAAAAUUGGACUGGAUGUAUCAGGGUCCAGGAGGCAUGGUGAACCGUGAUGAGUACUUGUUGGGUCGCCCCAUUGACAAGUAUGUGUUCGAGAAGGCAGAGGAGAAGGAGGUGGGGUGCUCUUCCGAGACAGGCCUCCUCCCUGGCUCCAUCUUUGCUCCAUCUGGUGCCAAUUCUCUUCUUGACAUGGCCAGCAAAAUCCGGGAGGAUCCACUGUUCAUCAUCAGAAAGAAAGAGGAAGAGAAAAAAAGAGAGGUAUUGAAUAAUCCUGUGAAAAUGAAGAAAAUCAAAGAAUUGUUGCAAAUGAGCCUGGAAAAAAAGGAGAAGAAGAAGAAGAAGGAAAAGAAGAAGAAACACAAGAAGCACAAGCACAGAAGCUCUAGCAGCGACCGCUGUAGCAGUGAAGAUGAACGGAGCCGGGGGAGAUCUCAAAAGAAGUCUGCAAACUCAUUCUCCCAAAUUUUGCCCAAAGUCCCUGGAUAUGGCUUACAGCCCAGAGACUCUAACCACAGCCAGGGACCGCGGGGGCCUCUGAUGUCUGAGUCGAAGGGAAUGCACAGAGUCAGGAGUCAUUCCAGGUCCCGAAGUUCCUCACACUCACCUCCUAGACAUGACAGCAAGAGAGGCACCAGAGAAGCGCGAAGAUCAAGGUCCCCAAGUCGAAGGUCAAAAUCUCCAAGGCCAAGCAAACAGCACAACUCCAGGACAAACAGGAAAGAGAGAGGUAGAACUAAGAGUCCAUCUCCUAAAAAAGAGGUCUACCAAAGGCGACAUGUUCCUGGGUACACCAGAAAACUCUCAUCGGAAGAACUAGAACGAAAACGACAGGAGAUGAUGGAAAAUGCCAAGUGGCGCGAAGAAGAGCGGCUGAAUACCCUCAAGAAGCAUGCAAAGGAUGAAGAGCGGGAACAGAGACUAGAGAAACUGGAUUCCCGGGAUGGGAAGUUUAUUCACCGCAUGAAGCUCGAGAGCGCAUCAACUUCCUCCCUAGAGGACCGGGUAAAGCGGAAUAUCUACUCUCUACAGAGAACCUCAGUCGCUCUGGAGAAGAACUUUAUGAAAAGAUAAAAACUGUCCUUUGCUGGUUUUCCUGAAUUUUCCAGGGAGGCUUCUAAUGCCUUAGAAAUUCUCUUUAUAAGAGUUCAAAUGAUUUUUUCCACAGAUGUCAAAACACCACUGUUCAAAGUGACUCUUCCAUUACUACUGGAAACAGCUUCACUUUCUUUGAGAACCAGUGUGGCUUGCUUAAUGAAACUGUCUGGGACCAUUGGUACCUUUGCGGAGGACAGAGUGUUGGACUGUUUUGCAAAGGCUGGGCACUAGAUCAUGUGGGUGUGUGUACUGAUCCUGCUCCUAACUAUUUUUUGGUGGCAUGGG